GAGAACCUAAUGGCAGAGGCAAUGAAAGUGUUGAAAGAAAUUUUUGAGCUGGCUGCUGAGGAAAAGACAAUGGUUUAUGAUGAUGAUGGCAAGCCAUAUGACCUUGUACCGAAUCUUUCUCAGAAGGCAAAGUUGUAUGCUGAAGGCAACAAGAGCUCAGAAAGGGAGUACAACUUUUGGAAGGACUCUUUAGCACAUGGUUGUCAUCCACUAGAUGAAGAACUUGUCAACAGUUGGCCAGACAAGCCAGCAAUAUAUAAGUAAGGAUUCUUUUGUUGGAAAUAUAUUAUCCUUUUAUCUUGUUGUUAUUACUGCUUUUUGUUCACCUUCCCUUGUGCCAAGGGUCUUUGGAAACAGCCUCCCUAACU